GCCUUUUCAGCUUCAGCUUUCGGUCUGGGUUUCAUUUCGCUGUCAGAUUGUCAACGGGUCGCAUGCGUGUUACGGUUCCCAGCUAAACAAAAAAUAAAGGAAAAAGACAUGGCGUCCUAUGGUUCAACAGGCUGCCUUCUACUUGGCUUAUUCUCGCUUUUGCUGGUUUUUAAUUCAGCUUCCGCUGUCCUGCGCUGCUGGCGCUGCUCCACCGACGUUUCCAAUGGCGAGUUCUGCAAUGAUCCCUUCGAGCCGAGCACCAUCUCGGAACAGCAACGCUACUGGAGCUACGUGAACUGCACAUACUCCGUGGGUGUGAAGUCGGUAAAUGCCCGUCCUGUCUGCAAGAAACUGGUGCAAGAAGUUUAUGGCAAGCGGGUGGUGUCGCGCUCCUGCUUCUACGAGGACGUGGACGAUCCAUCCGACAAGUGCGCCAUGGACCAGACCUCGUCCUACAUUAAGACAGUCUACUGCCGCACUUGCACCACCGACGGCUGCAACGGCGGCACUGGCUCUGCUCCUCUGGCGGCACUUAUCCUGAUACCCCUGCUCCUCGCGGGUUUCCGGCAGAUAUGCAAAUGAACUAAGGCGGAGCACCCGGCAUCCGGAUACAGACUUAAAGACGGGGAAUUGUCGGGGCCCAGACCCGAACUUAACUGAAUUUCUUCAACGAGUUUUUAGUCACUUUUGCCCUUCACCCGAUUCCGCACAAAAAUCACACAAAAAACGUCUCACAUUCGUUUGUCAUCCAGGAUCCCAGCAUCAUGUAAAUGUUACUCGGCCACCCUCAAUCGAAGCAAUCACUCGUAGUCACCACAACAACACACCACAAGGAUCAUUCAAUCACUCAAUCACACUUAACUUUGUUGUAAUUUGUACGUCUUUGUAAUAUCUUUAAUAUUGUAUUUGUAAUUGAAACGCCUCAGCUCCUCUUGGGAUGCUGUUCUUUACGUAAAUAAAUAAAUCGUAAAUA